UCCGCGCUCUGGGCUCGCCUCUUCCUGGCGGUUAUGCUUUUCACCUGGGUCUCCGACCCUCCUUUGGCGAGGCGGGCGGGUAGUCCGCGCGAGGAGCCCCAGGCCUUCCCGCAGCGCGCCGGGAGAGGGGGUUUCCGGGAAAUGCACUGCGUCGGGGCUGCUCCCGGGGUUUUCCUGUGAUACAGGCUGGGGGCGAAUCCCCCGCUGGUCUUUCCCCUGCGGAGCCUCGCGGCGGCCCGGCCAGAAGGGCGUGGGGGAAACUCCGGGAGGCACAGGGCUCGCGGGGGAGACCCAAGCCCUUCGAGGCAAGGCUUUAUUGGGACUUGACAAGUAACAGGUGCCCUUGCUGGUUCUCCAAGGAGGACAUGAUCUGUUCUUGGCAGACGUUGGUGGCCCCAGAAGCUCGAGCACAGGUGCAUUGUCUAGGAAGGGAGCUUGCAGGUGGGAACCCAGCAGGGCACUGGGUGUCCUUGGGCACUGACAGGGUCCCAACUGUGAGCACCAUCUGCUGCUGUGAAGGGUGUCUGACAGCAUCCGCAGCCCUGGACCUGGAAGGAAACAUCCCACCAAUUUGCCCCGCUUUUUUAAAGAGAACGUGGCUGUCUUGAGGGAAUAUGUCAAGGGUGCCACAGGAUGAUGAGAAAAGAACAUUUCCUGAACGGUGGGUGGAACUGAGGCUUCCCACUUUGUGAUGAGAAGACUGCCAAGGUGCCCCACAGUGACACCCACAACCAGAGGACCUCUCCUUCCCCUGCACGAGGCUUCUGGGCAUGUCCAUUGGCUUCCACUCGGGGGAGGGUGGGCCUUGGAUCACCUCACUUCCUGAUUGGUCAGCUGCACAGAUUGGCAGGCGCCCGCCGGCUGCGUUAGCCUAGAGGCAGAACAUGGCGGAGGCAGGAAAGGAGCACGCGGUCCUCGGGCUCCCAGGAGGAGGCGCAGCACAGUGGCCUCUGCAGCGGUAUGGCCGCUUCAUGCCCUUGGGCACCGGAGAGUCACCUGGGCCUGGCCUGGAAUCUGGGACAUCCUCUUCCCCCACGUGGAAGGUUUUUGACUCCAAUGAAGAAUCUGGGCAUCUUGUUCUCACCAUAGUUAUAUCAGGUCAUUUCUUCAUUUCCCAAGGACAGACACUACUGGAAGGGUUUUCACUCGUUGGUAGCAAGAACUGGUUGAAGAUUGUAAGACGCAUGGAUUGUCUGUUGUUUGGGACAACGAUAAAGAACAAGAGCCGUAUGUUCCGGGUACAGUUCAGUGGAGGCUCAAAGGAGCAGGCGCUGGAACACUGCUGCAGCUGUGUGCAGAACCUGGCCCAGUACAUACCCGUCCAGGUGCCCGACGGAGCCAGCCAGGAGCUCAGGCCAAGUCCUGGCCCCCCGAGAGCAGGUGGAAGCCAAGGGAAGGAUGCUGCGCAGAGCAUCCCACCACAGCCUGAGUCACAGCAGAACCUGGAGCAGCAGCUGAGGGUACCAGCCAGCACAAGCACUCCAGGAGCAAGGAUCUCAGUGACCUGGUUAGCUCAGUCUCUCCUGGCAUCAGAGAAGCUGCCCCUUGUCUAUGAACAAUCUCCAUGGAAUGCGGAAGAGUUAGGCUCCUUCCUACGCUUAUGCCUCAUGGAUCAGAAUUUCCCAGCAUUUGUGGAAGAGGUGGAAAAGGAACUAAAAAAGCUGUUGGGGCUGAGCAGUUAACAUUCUAUGUACAUGCAGAACUGAGGAACUUGAAAGCACUGAGAUAAAAAAAAAAAAAGCUCCCUCCUCGGAAAAGAUAUCAGAAUAAAGAGUAUUAUUCCAACA